CAACAGCCAUUUUUUGUCUUGAAGGCACAAACGUGAUCAAAAUGUAAACAUAAGGGCUACCACCAAAAUGUAAGCUGAGCAGAGAGAGAGCAGAUUGUUGUUCAGCCCAGCCUGCCUGCACUCUGCAGGUUUGGCCGCUGAGGGGAUCGAGGCUAGGAAGGGAUUAGUCCCCGCAACCCAGCCGACAAAGCUUUAUUCUCCUCUGUAGAUAAUUAUAUAACCGUGUUAUACAAUAAAUACAUCUCCGGGAAACAGUCAACAGUGUCAUGAGCGAGGACAUGUGUCAACUCUCCGGAGAAAGAAGCUCAUUUCGCUCGUGGUGCGUCGACUCGUCGGGGGAGUGGAUCCUCAUCUGCCCCCGCAGCCACUGAGUUGGUGGCAGCUCUCAUCUUCGUCUUCUUCCUCCUCCUGCCUGCGUUUCUGCAGGGAAAUAAAGUCAAGGUCCAGCGAGAGUGCUUGUUACGCACUUCUUGUGAAAGAAGUACCUGCUAAGACAUCCGGACACGGGGUUUCAGGUGAAGGACGCAUCUAUAGUGUUUCUAAAAAAGAAAAGGAAAAACUCGUUUUGAACAAACAAUCGUCCGGAGAUGGUUCUCCAAAGGAUUUUUCGUGCUGUCAUUAUGGGACCUCCGGGGUCGGGGAAAGGAACCGUGUCCUCGCGCAUUACCAAAACUUUUAGCCUGAAACACAUUUCUAGUGGGGACAUUUUGAGAGCUAACGUCAACGCCAAAACUGAGCUCGGUCUGUUGAUGAAGUGCUCUAUUGAUCAGGGUCAGCUGGUACCCGAUGACGUCAUGUCUCGCCUCAUCCUGAGUGACCUGAGAGCGAUGGACCAGAGCAGCUGGCUGCUCGACGGUUUCCCUCGUACAGCGUCCCAGGCCGAGGCUCUGGAUGACAACUACCGUGUGGAUACAGUCAUCAACCUCAAUGUACCUUUCCAGACCAUCAAACAGAGGCUCACUUCACGCUGGACUCACUUUCCCAGCGGCAGAGUCUACAACAUAGAAUUCAACCCUCCUAAAGUCGCUGGUUUGGAUGAUGUCACAGGGGAGCCUCUGGUCCAGAGGGAAGAUGACACACCAGAGACGGUCACACAGAGACUGAAGGCCUAUGAAAACCAGACGGAGCCUGUCUUAGAGUACUACAGGAGUAAAGGUGUGCUAGAGAUCUUUUCUGGGACAGAAACCAACAAGAUCUGGCCGCAUGUCGAGGCUUUCCUCCACAGGAAACUCUUCUCCAUCAAACAGAAAGUUGCAUAGAAAGCCUGAACAGAAAGGCGCGAGAAGGGUUAAAGUUCACUCUAUACGCAUCGUCCAAUCAGGUGCCACUUUCUGUGAAACGAGGAGAGACAUUUGUGUACCAAUAUAUAUUCUGAAUGUCAAAAAAUGUAAGCUAGCGAUAGAAAGACUACAGAUGUUGUUGGAAAAAAAAAAACUCCACUUUUGCACCGUUUCCACAAUUUUGCUGACAUUAGUUGGAGAAACUCUGAGGAUGUUUGCAUAAAAUCCUUCAAACGUCAGCUGUUAGAAUUUGAAGAUGGUCUCUUUAUUUAAAAAUGUGCCUUUAUAAAGCCAGGAGACUUCACUGAAUAGAAAAGCAAGGUUAUGUUCAAGGUACAUUUACAAGAUAUUAAGAGCUAAAUAAGACUUUUUGCUCCCGUCUCAAGUAAUCCUUUGAAAGCAUAACUGCCUUAUUGGGACUGUUUUGUUAUGCAUAAUAAUUACGGGAAGUGUGCCAUGUUCAAUAAAUAACUGUACAUGCUCUUUUGCAUUCAAGUGCCUCUUGCUGCUUUUGAAAAUGUAACAGAUAGCUCAGUGACUAGUGUGUAAAUACCUUUUGAUUAUGGACCAGAUUGAAUAAAGUUUAAACCACAAUUAUAUUGAAAAGAAUGUUUUAAAACUGAAACCAUCGUGUAACAGUUGCUUUUAACCACCUUAAGUCUUAAACACGCUAUAUUGUUUCCAUUUUCACCAGGCAUUCCUCUUUAUGACCAAGUCUUAAAUAUAUGCAGUUAAGAUAUUUGCCAUUUAAUGUGACUUGUGGCUGUAAACAAAUUUGAAAAAUGUAUUAACUUAAAGGUUUGUACAGGGCUACCAUCUUGUUCGAGGAUAUCACAGCAUUAAAUGUUGUGUUUUUUGCACUCAAGUAUUAUGAAUCCACAGAAAUGUUAACUUGCCUUGUAAAUGUACUGUAGCCUAAUGUAUGCGGUGAACGCGUCCUGAAUUGUACUGUGUAUUUCUUUAACACUUGAAUAUGAUAAAAAGCACAUCUCUUCAUAGACAACCUA